UUUCACACAAAUCGGUGAGUUUGAAGGGUUUUUAUCUCCACACGCAGGAGCUCAGUCUGACACUCAGUUCCACGUCUUGAAGAGUGAAGAAGCCGUUGCGCAAUAAUGAAGCACAGUGUGAUUUUACUUUUGCUGCUCCUCUUGGGGAUGUGCUCAGCUUGCCCUUCUGGAAAUGUGGCCUUGCGUGGCAAAGCAACUCAAUCAACCCGCUUCAACGGACAGGAGAUUGGUUUUGCGGCUGCCUACAAUGCCAUUGAUGGAAACCGUGAUACCAAUUACCUCCAUGGAUCAUGUACCGCGACUGCACAACAGACCAACCCCUGGUGGAGAGUGGACCUGCUGGAGUCCUACAUCGUCACCUCUGUCGUCAUCACCAACAGAGGAGACUGCUGUGCAGAAAGGAUCCACGGGGCAAAGAUUCACAUCGGCAACUCUUUAGAAGGCAAUGGUGCCGCAAACCCACUGGUUGGUACCAUUCCUGCAAUCGCUCCAGGGGAGACAUACACUGUGACUGUCAGCGGUCGUGUGGAGGGACGUUACGUGACUGUGUAUCUACCUGGUUCAAACAAGAUUCUUACACUCUGUGAAGUGGAGGUUUAUGGGUACCGUGCCCCAACUGAAGAAAACCUGGCAAUCCAAGGAAAAGCCUCACAGUCAUCACUCUUUGAAUUUGGCUCUCCAUAUAAUGCCAUUGAUGGGUAUCAUGACGGUCACUGGAUCAAGGCGUCCUGCAGUCACACAAACAACGACGUGAAUCCUUGGUGGCGACUGGUUCUGCCCACACACACAAAAGUCUUUUCUGUUAAUGUAACCAACCGAGUUGAUUACUGGGAGCGACUGAAUGGAGCUGAGAUCCGCAUCGGAGAUUCUCUCGAAAACAACGGCAACAACAACCCCAGGUGUGCCGUGAUCACAAGCAUCCCACCAGGUGCUACUCGUGGAUUCGACUGUAAUGGGCUGGAAGGCCGCUAUGUUAACAUAGUUAUCCCUGGAAGAGCGGAGUACCUCUCUCUGUGUGAGGUGGAGGUCUAUGGCUCUUUCCUGGAUUCACUUUAAAAGAGCAAGAAUGAAGCCUUCUUGAGUCUUCUUGUGAUUCGAGAUUAAUGUUUAUAACACAUGGUCCCUGUUAAAUAAAAUUAUUAAAAAAAAAAUAAAAAAAAGCCAGUGUUGUUAUAUGUACUCAGACAAACCAAAAUAAUAUAUUUAGCUUUAAUUUGAUUGCUGCAUUGACUGCAUGAUAAAUAACCAAUCACACUGUGUGCAACAUGGAGCUAAGUUUGUCCUAGACAAUAGCAAUAUGGCAUUAGUCAGAUAAACUGGCUCUUACAUGAUCUCUGGUAAAUCAGUUUGAAUCAUGUUUGAAUUAAGUUUACUAUAAUAAAAACAUUAUCACAG